AUGGCCGCUUUAAAGAUACUGCUCGGUGUGUUGUCAUUGGGCGCGCGCGCCCACACUGCUGGUUUGUCCUCUGCACGAACGGAGGACGUGGCGCUCUCCCUGGAGCCCCAACUUACCGGUGGCUUCCUACUCAGCCUUGUCAAAGACGGCGAACGCACUGUGUACGGUCACAUCGGCCGAACGCUGGUGUCGACCUACUCCGCCGAAGAAGUGGAAGGUGGCAUGGAGAUCCACAUCGGCGGCGUGAACCUGACCAUCAACACGUUAUAUGACGAGGCGCUGGACGCCAGGGGGAUCAAGAUCAAGUGGAACUCCUUUACGCCUUUACGGCUGGAGGACUGCUUCGAUUUUGGCACAAAACACUGGUACGGCGGGCCGAUGCAGCUCGAACAGCUGUACCCGAUCGAGCGAGCGAAGCAAGUCUACUCGCCGUAUUACUCGAAGGAGACUGACAACGGGGCGAUAGUCGAGAGGUACUGGCUGAACUCGAACGGCGAGUACAUCUACGUGCACGCCCACGUGCCGCUGUUCGUCGACUACGGGAACAUAGCGGCCGACCACAUAUGCUUCGGCGCCCAGCUCUCCGAGCCGUACUCCGCUAGGAGGACCCACACCGAGCUGUCGUACGACCUGUGGCUGCUGCCCAAUGUGAAGGAGGCACACAAGCACGCAAUCGCCAACUAUCUGGGCAGGCCGUCAGAUGUCCCCGACUUCAGGAUGGUCCAGCACCCGAUCUGGUCCACCUGGGCGCAGUAUUCGAGGGACGUCGACGGCGCCAAGGUACUAGAGUUCGCGGAACAGAUCAGGGCGCACGGCUUCAGCGAUUCGCAGCUGGAGAUCGACGAUCUGUGGGAGACAUGCUACGGGACCCUGGCGGUGGACGAGAACAAGUUCCCGAAUUUCACGAGCCUGGUCCGCGAUGUGAAGGCGAUGGGCUUUAGAGUCACCAUUUGGGUGCACCCGUUCAUAAAUAACAACUGCGAGCCGCUGUACACUGAGGCGUUGAACAGUGGAUACCUGGUGUUGGACGAGGCUGGUAAGCCAGCGACGUCCUGGUGGAACAAUAACGGCUCGGUGCCUGGCUACGUGGAUUUCACCAAUCCGGAGGCGGCGGAAUGGUGGUACGAACGCGUUAAAAAUCUGCUGGACACAUAUGACAUUGACAGCGUUAAGUUUGACGCUGGCGAAAGCAGCUUUGCACCAGAGGUCGCCGUACAGUCGGGCGACAUCGAUCUGCAGCCGCACCACAUAGUGCAGGCGUACGCGCGCACGGCGGCGCGUUUUGGCGGCAUGGUGGAAGUGAGGGCCGGGUUCCAGACCCAGGAGCUGCCGAUCUUCGUGCGCAUGGUGGACCGCGACUCGAUAUGGGGGCUGAACAACGGCCUGUCGACGGUCGUCACCACCGCCCUCCAGAUGAAUCUCGCCGGCUACACGUUUUUGCUGCCCGACAUGAUAGGCGGCAACGGCUACAACCUGGACCACGAACAGGCGGACACACCGACUAAGGAGCUGUUCUUAAGAUGGGUGCAGGCCAACACGUUCCUACCGGCCAUGCAGUAUUCGUACGUGCCGUGGAACUUUGACAACGAGACAGUUGAGAUAAGCAAGAAAUACACCGAGCUGCACGCCGCUUACGCAGACUACAUAUACGCGGCAAUGCAGGCGUCGGUGGACGAGGGAAAACCGGUGAACGCGCCACUGUGGUGGCUGGACCCCAACGACCAGGAGACACUCACCAUAUGGGACGGUAAAAGACCA